CAUUUCAAAUUCAAUUUGGCCGUUGCGUGCUUCUCAGCUAACUGAAAUACAAAAUUAAAAUUAAAUGGUUUAAUUUUGCUUUUAACAUCAGAGCGAAUGGGAAUAAGCUAGUACAUCAAAGUCAGUUUCUACAUCUCGGUGCCUGAUGAAAGGACUUGCAGCAGCACGAAAGCUUAUUUAUUUAUUAAUUUGUUUAGCCCCCUAAGAAUUUUGUCCUUCGUGUCGGCCGGUAGUGAGUCUGACGUUGGAGUGGGAGGGACUGACCAUGUCUGCCAAGGCUUUGAAGCUGGCAGCAAUCCCAGCAGUGCUGGGGUUAGCAUCCUUUCGGGUGUAUGCGGUGAAGGAGGGAAAACACAAUGGGAGCAUCACACCUGAACAGCUCUCCAUUUACUCCCCUCCGACUGUGAAGCUGAAGUAUGUGGAGGAGCAGCCGGGUCGUCUGCAGGGUGGUUUUUCAGUGGUGAGGGAGACGAUCCACCCCUUUGUCCAGAGGGUGAAGGGUGCCUAUGCAUCUGUCAGAAAUGGAGCCAUGAAUGCUGUCCAUUUUGGACAAGAUACCUACAUAUACCUGAAGGACCCACCUCCUGGCUUUCUACCCAGAGUCAGUGUGAUUUCAGUGUCUGGAUUGGCUGGCCUGAUCCUAGCAAGGAAUGGGUCCCGGUUUAAGAAGGUGAUGCUUCCAUUGGGUCUUGCAGCUGUCGGAACAUCUGUUUGUUACCCAGCACAGGCUGUGGCAGCUGUCAAGGUCAGUGGGAAGAAGGUUUAUGCUGUCGGUCACUGGGCCAAUGGCGCAGUCAGUUCACUUUGGAAACCAAGUCCUGCUAAAGAAGCCCACGCCAAGCUACAGAGUCAUGAGUCUGCUUCAGUCCCUGUGAAAGUGCCCAACCCUGAUGUAGUUAAAGGCUUCGACACCCCAGAGGUCAAUGCUGUUCCCAUGCCAGAGGUAGUCCCACAUGUUCCUGAGGCUGUGCCAGAUCAUACCAUUGAGACUGAAGUACUUUCAGCAGAGGAGGCAGCUCCACAAGACAACUUACCUGCUUCUGAGCCUGUUGAUGCUGCUUUGUUUGAACCUGCUCCUGUCCUCAACGCUGCGCCUGCUGAACUACCUGCAUCAACAGAGUCUUCUUCCCCUCCCGAGGCUGAACAGCCAGCCACCACUAAAUCACAUGAAUCACUGUCUCAACAGAAAGAGCUGGAAGCCCUACCGGAGCCCAGCAUACCAGUCUCUGCGACACCUACAGAUCUUUCAGAGAAGCCCAAGUUCAGCCCUGACCCCUGCUUACUGGACCAUGGGCAGUCGAACCCAGAAGAUUCUGAUAUGUACAGCACCCGAAGCUGAAGCCAGCAGACAGUACAAGACAGGUUUAAUGUCACCAAAAGCACUUACCCUGUCUGCACUUCUUGAUUAGCCUACUGGAACUAAAGCUCCUGCUUUAAGACUUUAAGAUCCCCCUGACUGCCUGUGUUGGUUUUAUAACCCCCCCGUUAGAUUAGAUUUAUAUCUUGAACAUUUGUAAGAAUCUUGUAAUUUUUCUAGGACUAGAGCUCUUUAUAAACCAAGGCAUCACACAAAGAGCUGCGCUUCAAAGAUUUAAAUUGCUAUAAUCUGCAGAAUCUGUCAAAUAAAACAAAAAAGGAGGGGUUGGAGCAGGGGUUCAGCAAUGGGAUACUUAUAUUUCUCCCCAAAACUGGUUCCAGUGUGCCUGUGUAUGAUGUUUUAAAAAAUCACCCUGUAGGUCUACAAAACAUUUAAUAAAACAAAUCUAAUGGUU